AUGGACGUCGUUGCGCUCGCCAAAGUCUGUGGUUUGGCCUCGUCAGGCAUAUUUGCAGGUCUGUCUUCUUUACCCACUCUCCUUUCUUUCCACGGCUCUCUGCCUGCCCAUAUCUGUUUUGGGAUGAAUGAUUGGACGCUGACUGACCGACGGUCGUCCAUUUCAGGAUACACCUGGGCCCUGUCCCAUGCUGCCGUGCCGGCGAUUCUGUUUGCCCCGGACGCCCUGGCCGCGCGAGAAUGGCGCUACCAGUAUCUCAUGGGGUUCCAUAUCUCUAGACCCAUGUGCGUCAUCAACGGCUUGUCCUUUGGGUUCCUGGCAUAUCACGGUAAGAGGGUUUCAUUUCAUCCCGAGGUGGAGGCGGUCCUUGUCGUGGAUUUGCUGAUCCGAAGAGUGCGUAUAGCCCCCGAGGGAUCUCUCCUUCGAUAUCUCUACAUCCUUGCCGCAUCGGCCAGUGCCUCUGGGGUUCCCUACGCCCUGACCUUUCUGCGUCGGACCAACGGCGCCCUGUCGCGAAAAGCAGAUCGUCUGGCCGGGCCCGGUGGUGGAGAGAUGGCACUAACAUACGCCUUUAACGAGAAACGCAGCAUCGACCGAGACGGGAAGAUGAGCACCGCCGAGACCAUCAAGCGGUGGCAGUGGCACAAUUAUGUGAGGACCUGGGUGUUGGUGUUGGGGACGGUGGCGGGCGCGUUGGCUGUGGCGAUGGAUUGA